AUGUCAGCUUCAAAGAAGCUUGUUGUUUGUGGAGGAACAGGCUUUCUGGGCUCGCGUAUUUGUAAAUAUGCUGUAGCUCGAGGCUGGGAUGUGACAUCUAUCAGCCGCUCGGGUGACCCUCGGUGGGAUACUAUCAGUGCUUCUCCUUCACCUCCGCCUUGGGCGCACAAAGUGAGCUGGGAGCGUGGUGAUAUCCUUCGCCCAGCUACAUAUGCACCGCUACUUAAUGGUGCCGAUUUCGUUGUUCACAGCAUGGGUAUCCUUCUGGAGGCUGAUUACAAGGGUGCUAUUUCUGGCAAGGAGUCACCCAUUGCUGGUCUUCAAAAAGCCUUCGCUCCCGUCAAGGAUCGUGGCGUGGAUCCUCUAGCUAGAGGACAAGGCGAGGACAUUAACCCCCCGAACCCUAAGGAUCAGUUCACAUACGAGAUUAUGAAUCGCGACAGCGCAGUCACGCUGGCUAAGCAUGCCGUUGCAGCCAAGGUCAACUCUUUCUGCUAUAUUUCUGCUGCAGCUGGCGCUCCCGUUCUUCCUCAGCGCUACAUCACAACCAAGCGAGAGGCCGAAAUCACCAUUGCCAACAAGUUCCCAGAGCUUAGAAGCCUCUUCGUCCGUCCUUCUUUCUUGUUCGAUAGCUCACGUCCAAUUACAAUGCCCCUGGCUGCCAUGGUAGGCGUUGGCACUGCCUUCAACGGGUUGACAGGUAAUUACUUCAAGAACUUCAUUGGCGCCGCCGGUGUCAAGCCCCUGAAGGUUGAGAAUGUCGCCGAGGCGGUUGUUGAGGCACUGAGCGACGAGAGUGUCAAGGGAGCUAUUGAGGUGCCACAGAUUGAGGAGCUCGCAAGCAAGGCUUGGAGAAAAACUAUGUUGUAG